AUGAUAGUUAAAGCUUUAAAAAUUAUUUGCAAAUCCUUAGCGAUUGCGUUGUUAGUAGCAGUGCUGGUUGCGGUUACCGUCGGUGUGGUGGUGCGGAUAGUGUUCGAGGGCUGCAUUAUCUUCGUGUUCUUCCUCGCCUACAAGAUGGGCACCUUAUGGAUGGAGAAUGGAAACUUUGACUUGAGCCCCUUCGACGACUUCGCUGACCCUAAUUUGCAGUCGCUUGCCCAAGACCUCGGGGUGAAAAGGGAAACUGUGGAGAGUUUGACCCGCUACGAGAAGAAGGUGCUCCCCUGGCUCAUCCCCCGGGGUAAGCUGGGGAUUACCUGGGAGGAUGUGGGCGGAUGUGAGGAAGCCCUGGAUAGGAUCUGGCAGCAGCUGGUGCUGCCCUUGCUGUACGCCCGCUACAUCGGCCGGGACCCUCUCAUAAUGCCCGCCAAGGGCAUCCUCCUGCACGGCGACCCCGGGUGUGGCAAGACCUUGAUUGCCAAGGCCAUCACCGCCGAGGUCAAUGCCAACUUCAUCUCUGUCGACCUAUCUACACUGAGAAGCAAGUGGUUGGGAGAGAGUGAGAAGAUGGCGGGCGCCAUUUUCAAUCUAGCGUUCAAAAUCCAGCCGUGUAUCAUCUUCAUCGACGAAGUAGAUGCUCUCUUGGGGACUCGCAACGAAAUAGACAACAACACGGACUUGACCAUUAAGUCUGUGUUCCUGUCUAGAUGGGACGGCCUGGAGACGGACUCCCAGUCAAUGGUGUUCAUACUCGCCGCCAGUAACAGGAAGGACGCACUCGACCACGCCAUUCUACGUCGGUUCUCCCUCCAGUUUCACAUCCCCAAGCCCAACCUGGAGGGUCGGCUGCAGAUCCUGGGCAUCCUGUUCCGAGGGCUCCAGCUGGACGACGACGUGGACAUCGAGGAGCUGGCCAAGAUGACGCAGGGCUUCACGGGCGCCGACCUGAAGGAGGUAGUGCGCUCUGCUGCUGUCGCUGGCCUAGAGGAGCUCCUGUACGGUGACCCCAGACACUUGCCCGGGGACCUCACCAGCAGCCAGAUCAAACGUUUACAGAACGAGGAGCCGCGGCUCAUCAGCAUGGCCGACCUCACCACAGCCGUGGCUCUUACUCGCCACCGCCAGAGUAACAUCCAUCACCUCUACUUGUGA